GUCAUUCGAUCCACUCAUUAUAUAUCUUUAUGAAGAGGGUAUAGUCAGAUUGGCGACUGUGCGGUACGACAGGAACACUGACAACCUGUGGAAUCCAUGCAUGCAUCUUUGUAACUAUAGCAUCAAUAAAUAUCAUUCUGAUUACAUAAGAUCAUCGGAUGCUCAGGAGGAAGAUGUUGGUCACAAGUGGACCUUGUCAGCCCUUUUAAGACAUCUUAAGCUCCAAGGAUGCGAUACUCACUUACUGAUGCUGAAUAUUGAAGAUCUAAUCAUUAAGGCUGUACUCGCCUGUGCUCAAACAAUAAUUUCCGCAUGUAGAAUGUUUGUACCUAAUGCAAAUAACUGUUUUGAACUUUAUGGAUUUGAUAUAUUAAUUGAUAAUACACUGAAACCUUGGUUAUUGGAAGUUAACCUUUCGCCAUCGAUGGGUGUUGACAGCCCCUUGGAUACUAAAGUAAAAGCCUGUCUUGUUACGGAUUUACUGACCUGUGUUGGCAUUCCGGCAUUUAGUCCUGAAAUGAGAUCUCUUUAUACCAAUAAAUCAGCCCGGCGACGUAGCUCAAGUUGUCAAAGGCAAGUAGAUGCAACUGAAACCAGCACUACACUUCGAUCAACAAAAUCAAAAAAAAAGCCUUUUGGAUUAAUAAACUUAACGCAAGAAGAACAGCGUAUAUUACGUAGCGCCCGAUUGCAAUAUACAAGACGUGGAGGCUUCGUUCGCAUAUUCCCAACAGACGACACAAUGCAACGAUACGGACAUUUCUUAGAUUCUGCAAAUGGCAUUCCACUAUCCACCCCAAAUGUCCAAGGUCAAACGUUUCAAGCAUUAGUAACGCAACAUAAUUACAACCAAAUGCUGUAUUCAAAUUUAUUCUGUCAGGGCUCACGAUACAUUCAAGCCGAUAAUUCGCAAGAAAACCGUAUUAAACAAUACGAACGAGCUUUGGAAACGGACUCUGAAAUACCUUUCUUAAAGAAACAAACUGUAGAGAAAUGUGAAGAAGAAGGACGAAGACUUCGCAAGCAAUUACUUAAGAAAAUUGGCAGUGGCUCCACAUUAACUCAUUUUCAAGCACGUCAAACGUUUAGUUUAUAUUUAGAGUCCGUAUUACGAAGACUAACUCAAGACCCAAAAGAUAGUCAUGAAAAAAUUAUUUUAAAAUUUCUUAAUAAGUAUGGUGGGGGUGUUAAACCUCCAGUUUUAUUUCGAAAUACGCAAAAUAUUAGUAAAGCUCGUUCAGCAAUGGUAGCAAAAUUAUUAGGUGAUUUUUUGGAAAAUUACAAAAGAGAUACCGAAGCCUACGUAGAUUCCUUUGACCAUUUUGGAAUGAUACCAACCAGUGCCUACAGUUUAUUUUUAAUACACGCUCAAGAAUCAGAUCUAGAGGCAGUCCUAACUCAUCAUACAAAUAUUACUGGAAUAAUGCCAUUUUUAUAUAAUCGAUGUGGGCUGUCAGUGCCAUCAACGCCGCCUAUUCCGUCCGGAUUAUAUGGGUUCCUAAGGGCUCUGCCUGCAAUGGUAUCAAAUUCAGGAGUCUCGAGAGACGUUAGCAAGUAUGAUGGGUAUUUCAAAAGCUACGAUAAAAAUUGUGAAAAUGUACGUGAUAUUUCAUUAAGAUCAAGAAGCACAAAGGAUAUCAAAUAGUAAAUAUAUUUUGUUGCAAUUUAUUUAUUUAGCAUAUUUGUUAAACCAUUU